GUUGCUUUCAGUUUUUAACUUAUAGCAAUGUGCAAUAUUUUUUUGAAAAAUAUGAAAGUCCCAUGCUAUUUCUAAUACUAAUAAAUUUUGAAUUUAAAGAAGAUCAAAGGAGUUAUUUGCAUUGCUGUCACUGAAGAAGAAGUUAGCAUCAAGAAUACUUUCAAUCAAAAACCAUGAAAGUUCUACAUUUCUUCAAAUUCUGCUUAUUAAUUAAUCUGUUGAGUGCAAUUUUUUGCAGUAAUGAUUCGGAAGAUAUCAAGCAAAGGAAUACAACAUUUAGUAAUUCAGAAAGAAAUAAUACGGAAAGGAAAUCACGAUUGGCUCUUUUUCAAUGGAUGUCUGAUGCAGAUCAUUGUGAAGCUUCAUCGGGUCUGAUCGGUUCUUGUUUAUCUGCCCAAGAAUGCAUAAAGCGUGGUGGUCGAGGUGUUGAAACAUGUGCUUGGGGACUUGGAGUUUGCUGUGUUUAUAUUUCAUCAUGCGAUUCAACCUCAAGUGCAAAUCUGACAUACUUUACUAGCCCAAGAUAUCCAAAUGUAUGGUCCAGCAACACUGGAGUCUGUACAUUUACAUUAAGACCAAAAUUAUUUUCCAAGAUUUGUCAAGUAAGACUAGAUUUCGAGGAAUUCUUCAUAACUGGGCCUACUGCUGGCAUGUGCUCAACUGAUGUAUUAUCAGUUAGUGGACAAGAUCUUAAUAAUGUUGUUCCAGUGAUCUGCGGUCUCAAUACUGGCCAGCAUAUGUUUCUGCAAGUUGGCAGCAGUACAGGACCAUUCCGUAUUACAAUUACUACAUCUGGUGAAAGUGAGGAGAGAAAAUGGAAAAUUCGCGUCACUCAAAUACCAUGCGGUAGUGAAGCAAUGGCCCCAGCCCAUUGCCUUCAGUACUACACAGGAGCUAUUGGCCACUUCCAGUCUUUUAAUUAUGGAAAUUUGAAGUCAGUCGAAGAAAACUCAUAUUUUUUGAAUAUGAACUACGCCAUCUGCAUUCGAAAGGAAGCUUCGAUGUGCGGAGCGACUUUCAUUCCGAACGGAGAUUUCAAUGUCAAUAUCUGGAAUUCUUCCGUUACCUGUAGCAGCGAUUAUCUGAGCUUUGGUACUUUUAGAAAGUGUGGCCGAGUCCCCAAGGAUGAAUUCGCACCAGUUAAAAUAGCUGAUCCGGGACCAAUGAUUGUAAGUUUUGUAAGUGACAACAAGCACACUUCUGGACUUUCAACUACUGAUUCUGGAUUCAGUUUCAAAUACACACAGUUCGCUUGCUCUUCUGGAAUGUAGAAAGAGAAUCAAAUAACCUCUCUCAUUUUUAAACUGGAAAUCUGCUUUUAAGAAACAUGGAAUUAAAUGAAAAAUUUCAGAAAUGUUUCAAAAUUUAUUUAAUAUAAUUUUGCACGACAAAGAGAUACCAGAGGGUUACAAUUAAAUUUCAAGAUUUGAAAGAAUUUUCACCAGCCUUUAAUAAGACGACUUCAUCAGGACAUUUGCAAACGCA